UCUUCUUCGUCUUGUUUGCCUUUAGGAAUGUCGUCGACGGCGUUGCUGCUGCUGUUGUUGCUAUUGUUUUGCCUCCAAACGCAUACAAUCUUGACCACUCGGACGCAUCUCGGUUCCUUCGGAGGUUCCAGCAGCAUCCGGAAUGUCCGAAGCGCAAGGUCCGAAGACAAUUUGGCACUUCUUCGAGAUCGAAGGAGUCCGCGAGGGGUUCAUUCGGAAACUGACCACCGCACUGGACAGCUCACGAAGCGUCGCCAAAUGGUCAGCGUGUGUAAUCCGUUUUCGGCGACGACGUCACCCGCUGUCAAAGCACUCCGCGGAACCGAAACCGUACCGAAACCGUACCCCGCCGAGAUUCUCUGGCCAGCUCCGUACGCCAGUACGCCGCUGCUACUACUACUGCCAGACCGAACCUGGCUGCCUAGAACUACUGCCGCCGCUGGAAAGUAUCCGCGCGCGUGUGUGUUUGUGUGACGCAGCUUUUGAAGUUUUAUAUUUCAUCGAUUUUCGCGAUUCGCGCGUUCCCCACCCGUUUCACCUUAAAACGCGUCGCGUGCCUGUUACACUUCCCCUUAAAACGAGGCUCGCAGCAGGCCGUGUGUUGUUUAAUAAGAAUGGUAUCAGGUUUUUAAAAAAGUUCGGAAAAAUAAAU